AUGGAUCAACGUGAAACUGGGGCACCUGCUGACUCUACUCGCCGACGUCGCCUUGCCAGCACUUCGCCGGCGGCGAAGGAGUCUGUGGAACCACACCUUUCGGCCUGGACCGGCGCGUCGCGAACACCAUAUUUCUGCACGCUGAAGGAGGAGCCCGUGAGAGUUCGCAAUGGCGUCGCCAAGUCAGCGGCUAUUCUCCCGCGCGACAGGAACGCUGACCGAGGCGAGAGCCCGGCCUACGACUACCAGCUGUCUAUCUCGACUACCCCCGCGAUCGACCUGCCCUGCGACGUCGGCGAGCCCGGUGUUGAGCUCACUAGCGUGUGCUUCAUCGACCUCGUCUUCCAGUUCCCGACGUUCGACACGCAGCUGUCGCGCCAGGAGUUUGUCUUGGACUGGGUGGUGAGUUCUGCAUCUGAUAACACGUCGCUUCUUCGGAUUGUUUAA